GGUCACCGGUGUGAAGAGAAGCGGCAGAAAGAGAAAGGUGUUGUUGUGGUCGUUGUCUGAAUGUGGAGCGGUGAAGGGAGAGCGAGGUGCGAGGGAGGUCGCAAGAAGAAAGGAGGAAGAGAGAGAAUGUUUGCAUCCCAAGAUAGAGAGAUGUCGGAGAGAAUCGCCUCCUGCGGCAGCCUGUACGAUAGCACGUCUCUCUUGCUUCAGUACUGCAACGAUGAGACGGCGUCGGCGGCCAGUGGCAUGGAGCUUGAGGACCGUGUGUCCCACAUGGAGCAGAGGCUGAUGCUGCAGGAGGAUGAGAUCCAGCUGCUGAAGUCCGCCCUGGCCGACGCCCUGCGCAGGCUGGGCCUCUGUGAGGACCGGGCCCCGGCCCCCGCAGGCCCCCACAGGCCCCCCACGCCCGCCCCGCCUACCAAGGUCCGUCAGCUCCUGCAGGCUCUACCUUCCAAGCCCCUGAGUAACGGCUACAUGCCGCAGAAACGCUACCCCUCCUCCCCCUCCUCCCCCAAGAAGGAAGUGUUGCUGUCCAUCAAGAGGAAGAGCAUGUCCACAGAGCGUCUGACGAUGGUGAAGAGAGAGACAGACUCCAGGAGCAGAACCACUUCCUCCAGCUCCUCCACCUGUGGCAAGAGCAGCAAGUCUAAGGAAUGCUCCCUCAAUGCAGAGGACGGCUAUGUGCGGAUGUUCCUGAGAGGCCGGCCGGUCACCAUGCACAUCCCCGACCAGCUGAGGGACACUUACACCCUGGACCACAAGGGGGCGCUGCCUGACCGCAAGCUCAAACUUCAGUGGGUCUGUGCGGUUGGGGUUGUGUUCCUUGACCGCGUGGGCUCCAGGUAUGGCUACCGGGGUCGUGACUGCCGCUCCAACCUGUACCUGCUGCCCACGGGGGAGGUUGUCUACUUCCACGCCUCCGUGGUGGUGCUGUACAACACGGAGGAGCAGCAGCAGAGGCACUACAUGGGACACGACGACGACGUCAAGUGCUUGAGUGUCCAUCCUGAUAUGGUCACCAUAGCAACUGGACAAGUGGCAGGAAACUCCAAAGAUGGCAAGCUGUUGGCUCCCCAUGUGCGUGUGUGGGACUCGGUCAGUCUCAACACCCUGCACGUCAUCGGGAUGGGCGUGUUUGACCGGGCAGUCACUUGCGUCGCCUUCUCUAAGUCUAACGGCGGUGCUCACCUCUGUGCCGUGGACGAUGCCAAUGACCACAUCCUGUCUGUGUGGAACUGGCAGAAGGAGAAGCAGCUGGCCGAUGUCAAGUGCUCCAAUGACUCUGUUCUGGGUGCCUCCUUCCAUCCUAUGGACGCCAAUCUGAUUGUCACCUGUGGGAAGAACCACCUCAACUUCUGGACCAUGGAGGGCAGCACUCUGACCAAGAGGCAAGGCCUGUUUGAGAAACACGAGAAGCCCAAGUAUGUGCUGUGUGUGGCCUUUGCUGAGAAUGGAGACGCCAUCACAGGAGACUCCAGUGGAAAUAUCUUUGUCUGGGCCAAAGGUGUGACCCCUCUCAGCUAACAUGUUACAUAACAUGUUACUGGCAUUGUAGUUAGCAGUUAGUAGUUGGGACAGUUUUCCUUGUCUACCUCGAGGAUAAAAGUUGGUUGAGGGGCAGUUCUAUGGGCGUAGGUGAAGCCCUCUGUGACAUUACUUGUAGAAAGGGCUAUACAGAUGAACUUGAUCUGAUUUGAUUAGAAAUUCCUCUGAUGA